AUGUCUCAAGUCUUCUCCUUUAAUGGUGGUAACCCACACUGUGUGUCUGCAGCAUCUCUCCACGCUGCUGCUGCCAACCUUUCAUCAACAGACAACUGGGUUGCUCUAGAAGACUGCAGAGGAAAGAGUUCAGAUCUGGUUGUUGUACAUCAUGAAGAGGAAAAGUAUGCACUCAAUUAUUACAGCCGGGUUAGUUCAGGAACUAAUGGAUACUGGUUUGGCCUGAGAGCUGAAGGUGGGAGAUGGAAGUGGAUUGAUGGAAGUGAUCUGACUGUAAGCUACUGGACACCACAACCUCCUCCUCCUGCUACUGAUGGUCAGUGUGUAAUGUCUGUCCAGAACAAUAAAUGGAUAUCAGUGGGCUGUACUGAGAAACAAAGAUGGAUCUGCAAAAUGAAGGCUUUAUCUGUUUCAACACUGCAGUCAGACUCUGAAUGA